UCCAAUAUCGUGAAUUAUGGUCUGCGUUUGUAUUUAAAGCGCCAAUAUCCGUCCAGUCGAGAGUGGGCUGACGAUUUCGCAAACGGAAGCUUGUUAUCGUUUAUUGUGUGGUUUUUGUAUUAAUUAAACGUUAUUCCGCUGCGAAUGGAAGAUAUUGAGGAAAUAAUCGCGGAAGAAGAUUCUUCGGCUACUCGCGCUAUCAUGGAGCCUCUAACUUUUGUACUGCACUUCUUGGCAUCAUAUGGAUGGAUGAUACUUGCCACAACGGGUUUACUGUUGUUCAUCUUGCACAAGAUGAAACCACGCUACUACCGCUGGAAGGAAGCCCAGGAGGACGCUGCAUAUCACAAAGACCCCGACACAGUAUUGUCGCGGCUAGAGGCGAUACAGCGCGCGCGCAUGCGGCAACAAGAAACGCUCGAAUCGGCCUCUGAAAGAGCCAAAGAAGCCCAGAAGCAGCGCGAGGAGGCGAAGCGGCGAGAGGCGAUCGCGCGGAUCGAGAAGUACGGAGCGGCCGGACGCCGCCUCGGCACGCCCGACGACGCCGACUACAUGCCCUUGAGUGGCGGCGCGUCGACGUCGACGUAUCGCCCGCCCAAGCGUUCCGCCUGCGCAGGCGGCGGCUGCGGGAAAUAAACAUUUUCCAUCUUGCGGAAUGCAAACAACCAUUUGCUUUUAAGUACUGCCAAAAGUCAUAGGAGUCCGAAAGUUUGUUUUUAUACGUACAGUUGAUGCUCUAAGAUACGUGUGACUUCCGAACCGACCAUUUUGACGGCCUUCUUACACAUUCAACAGUAAAGUGUAAAAGAAUUCCAGCUGUUUGGUCAAAAUUUGUAUUUGUCUAAUGUAAUUAAAGAUGAAAUUGGUUUGAAAAGUUUCUUAAAACGUCAUUCACUAGUGAUGAUAUAAGGAAAACAUACCAAAGUGAAUUUUACAUCUCAUAAGUUAAAGGUUAAGUUUGUUAAACACCUUUAUUCACAGUGAUCUACUCCCGUUCUUCGUCCAACACCCGUCCGAAACAAUUUCUGUCUAAUAGGUAAUAACUCGAUAUAAUUAAAAAACAAUGUCAAGUAUGAAGCUUUAUUCGCAUCAUGUGUUUUUUGAUUUGGUCGAGUAUUAGCCUUUUAUCUUAGGGCAUCGAGUGUACAUAUAACAGUUGACAUCGGAAACACUCGGAAAUUACGAAUAUUUCCGAACGUUGUUGCAGCAUUGGUAACUUCAUUACUGAAAAAUAUAUUAUAUAUAUUGGCGAUGUCCUCUAUAUUUUUUAUAUAUUAUUUUUACAAAUUUGACUCUGCCGAAAUCCUAAAAUGAGCACCGCCAAUAAAUAAAAAGAAACUUUUUGUUAAUCUAACGAUAAAGUCAUUGACAAAGUUAAUAAAAAACCAAGUUUAUUCUUAUCUUAAAUAUACAUCAGUUAGCGGCAACAGCGUUCGGAUAUGUUCGUGGUUUCCGAAUUUCCACGAUCUGACUUAACUGUAAGUUCGUUUGUAUUUUGAAACAUUAGCAACUAUUGGUGUUCUUUUUUUAAAAUUACAACCGUGUUUUUUCGCAAUUUAAUUUCAAUAAUAAAGUGACGUAAUUCCAGUUUUUGGGAAACUGACAAAAUAUGUCAUAAUGUUAAUUAUUAUGCGUGUAACGGAACGUAAAUCAGUACAGACUCCUAAAAGUGCAACACAUAACAUAGACUCUAAAAUAUGUAUUGCCUACCAUUGGUUAUUCAUGUCUGUAGCCUGAGAUCGCAAGAUCGCCAAACAGCAAGCAUUGAAAAAAAUUUGAAAGUAAUACAAUAUGUCAGAAACGCUGUAUUAGUUUUAUUUCGUACGUUAUUUUGUAUUUAAUUUAUUUAGUCAGCUUCCCGUAAAUUUUAUUUAUCUUAUUGCGACACUUCUAUUAAUUAGGGUUCGUAGUUCUACAGUUUAUAACCAGUUUUGAGACUCCACCAAUUACAUCUUGAAAUUGACUGCUAAGCAAAACAAGGGUUAAUACCUUUCUCAUUUUAUAAUUGUUUGUAUUCUAGUCUGUAGAGGUCAUAAUUACGACUAAUAUCUGCAAUGGUGACUGAUCAGAAGAUUGUUUCUUUAAUAUUUUCUCUUUGUAAACAAAAUAACAUUCCUCGCUUCUAAUUAAUCACGUUAACGGUAACAUAGCGGUCAUAUGCAUGACUACUAACUGUGUGUCCACUACAUAUAGUCCGCUUGCGAUGUUACCCGCAGGUAACAAGUACAUAGGGAGCGAUAUUUCAGUCAGUAGAUUGAACUUACUGACGCAAUAUCCCCGCCUACGGCUUGUGUACCUAACACGACUAAGUAUUAGCGUGUUAACUGUUAGCUUGGUCAAAAAGGCCGUGCGAUUUCAAAAUACAAAUGAAGAUUAUUAAAAAAAAAAUUUUUUAUCAAGAAAGGUUAGGCGGUGAAGAGGGACUUUAAUGAAGCCUUAACUUCUAAUAUAAAAGAGUUUUAUCACUAUAGUCUCUCAAUCGAUAAAACAGACAAGCAAAUUAGUUUGAACGAUUGUAAAGAGAUGUCGCUACGAUGCUCCAAAUCCAAAUGGCGGAAAAAACAAAUUUGACAGUUGCGAAAUGUUGAGAACACUGCUUAGAGGAUGGAAAAUAGUCUAAGACACUAUGUUUAUGAAAAACACGACGCAAUUUGCAAGCUUUCGACAAAUGCAUCAUGAGUUUUGAAUUUAGCGUAAAGAUUGUUAAAACAUGAAACGUUGAUAAACAAAGGCUACUUUAAUGUACUACAAAAUUCUAAUAAGAUUUUAUUUUUGUUCCUCUUAUUCCAAAUAUAUAAUAAUAAUAUAUUAUAGAUCAACAUGGCCUAUGUUGACCUAUAAUAAUAAUCCACUUUUAAUUAAAAAAAUCCGUUCUUUACUUAUAAAAUACAGCUUAAAGUGUCGUUUGAUUAUCUCUUCGUUAGCAAAUUCACGUCCUUUCAAAUAAAUAUCGAAACAAGAGAAAACCUGAACUUGUAUCGGGCGAAUAUAGUGGAUAAGACUAACACACCCCAAUCUAAUUGCAAUAGUUUCUAACGGCUUUUUAUAUUUGUAGUGUUGUUGGCGUUAUCAUGAUCAAAAACAUUUACGAUUAUCAUGAAAUACAAACUUCCCGCCUAUUUUAAAAUGCGCGCUGAACUAUUAUUUUUAAAAUGACCAAUAGACAAUAUAACAUUUUAAAAGAAAAAUUGUUAUUUUUUAGUUCAAAAUUAGCUAGUGGCAAAAACCGCACGGACUUUUUGGCCAACGCAUUAUAAUUGAAACUUUUAUACUCUUUCUGUUCCUCGUGGUCGAGCAAAUUUUCGACAAUGUGUAAACUUUAAUAUACGACGGUGUUUGUUUUCAAU